AUGGAUCCAGGACCUCCCGACACCAAGCGCAUGCGCUUCUGGGAGCCGUCUGGUGCUACGCGGCCGCAUCCUAAUACUCAACCUCUUCCUCCGUCGUCCCAUCAUCCCCUUCCUCCUCCCUCUCACGCGCCGCAUGCUUCGUCGAACCAGCUGCCGCCGCCGCAGCCGCCUCCCCAAGGCCCCAACCACCACUAUCAUCACCACUCGGCCAGCGCCAGCCCGUAUCAAUACCCGCCUCGAGCCUCGGAGCUGCCUCUGCCUGCGCCAACGCCGGUGUCACUCCACGGGCAUGCCCAACAGCACCCAGAGAUUGACCGUCGACACUCGGAUCAAGAGACUCUCGCGCCCAUGCAGGAUCCGUACCGUCAACCGCCGCCGCCGCCGCCGCAGCACCACCCGGGGCUCCAGCAUCCGGGAUCUCAGCACCCUAUGUCUCCAGCGCAUGCGCAAUAUCAGUAUCCCGGACGAGACGCCAUACCGUCAAUGCCCCCGACUCCUGGAGCCUAUCGCGCCCCGAGCUUUCCUCCUGGGCCUCCUACACCGGUUGCGCAACAACAGCCUUACGAACAAAACCCUAAUUUCCAGUCCCAAGAGCCGUUUUACAGCGUCUACUCAACCGCGGCGAAGAAGAAGAACACAAGGGCUUCACAGGCAUGUGACCAGUGUCGGCAGCUUAAAGCUAAAUGCGACGAGCUGAAACCAUGUAAAACAUGCAGAGAUAAGGGUACAGAAUGCCGAUACCGCGAUCCAGUGCCAAAAGCAACCGACAAAGCGCAGUCAGAUAUUUUGGACGGCAUCAACAGCAUGCAAUCUACGCUUCAGUUCAUGUCAGAACGUUUUGAGAACAUUGACGAUAGACUGACCAAGAUAGAGUCCGCCUUUUCAAGAAUACCACAGUUUUUCGAGGAAUUUACGCCAAGGGCCAUUCCCAAGAAGGAGAUUGAAGCUGCACCACUCUCCCACCCAAGCCCGCCACCGCCACCACCACCUCAUAUGCCGCUAGAAGAGCCACCGAUCAGCCACUCUUCCGUAACUGAUAUGUCUCGGGACCAGCCGGUGAAGUCUACUGAAUCGGUGCCUGAAGCAAUGUCUACUGAUGCCGUGGCCAUGGCCUUUGGCACCGAGGACGACAUAGAAGCGGAACCCGGCCCUCCCGUACCCCCAGGAGAGCCUGCCAUCCCUAUUAACCAUACGACUUUGGCUGGGCUUCUCUUGGAUUGGGAUCCGAUCAAGGAGCUGACACGGCACCACCUGGAGCGCGAGGGCAUCAAAUUUGUCAGCGAGUAUCCUAUCAGUCUAGAGCAGAGCCGCGGAAUUCUCAAGGUGUACGGGCGAGGCGAAGACUCUCACCAGCGACUUUCUAGAGAGGCGACUGCCGAUCACGGAAACGCAGAAAUUGGCGAUGAUAACAUGUCAGACAUUGUAGCUUCCUCGCCCGCUGCGGACUGGGGUCAGCUUGGAGGGGGUCUGAGUCCUGGCGAUCAGAUUGAGUACCGGGGCGGCGUGCUUGGCCCCGACGGAAAUCCAGAUUUCAGCGAACACAAGGUUGCGGCCUAUGUGGAAAGCUUCAAGAACAACAUCUUAAACAUGCAUCCCAUUAUUCACCCGCAGGUUCUCGACGAAUGGGUCCACCAGUUCAUCAACGAGCUCCCCACUGCGAAUCCAAAGGUAAAGGCUCAACCUCUGACAACGACAUUCGCUGUGCCUCAGCCUCAGGAGAUGACUGGCGCCAAGAGAAAGCGAAGUCCCGAUCCAACUGUACCUGUAACGCCGUCCUCCCAGCGUCUUGGCAAGCCUAGUCGUUCUAUUCACAGCGCACUCAUUCUCAUCGUCUUGGCCCUUGGUAAAAUCUGCUUGUAUCAAGACGAAGUUCCUGAUGUGAUUUUCCCGGUCGACCCAAUCCCUCACGGGAGCCCAGUUAGCCGCAACGGGGUUCCUCCAUCGCCAAUCCAGGGCUCGCCCCCGUCCUUCUCAAAUCAAUCUCACUCUUCUGGCUUCCCUUCACCCAGAGACCAAGAACGCGGCUACCAGAGCAGGAGAUCAUCUAUCCAUGGCGCUUCCAGUGCCUCCGGGACCGGCGCCGUUCGCGCAGGAUACAGCUUGAAGAAGAAUUAUGAGGUGAUUCCCGGCUUGGAAUAUUUCGCACUGGCAACAGACAUUCUUGGAAACCACCUCGGUGCGUACAAUAACAUGAAGAACGUCUACGCCAACAUUUUUGCUGGGCUGUAUCACGGCCAGCUCGCGCGACCGUUGGAGAGUUUUGCCUUUAUUCACAAAGCGAGCCACAAGUUGCAAGUUCUUAUGAGACCGAGUUUGGACAAAUUAAAGAAGAUCAAGACCAACAUGGAAUUCAUCCAAGAGGGCAAAUACAACCAGCUGGCACUCGCGUUUUGGACGUGUCUGCAACUAGAGAGUGACUUGAUUGCCGAGCUUCCACUCCCGCCCUCUGGCCUUUUGCAGUAUGAAAACGACAUGCCUCAACCCAACAUGAGCCUUCUCCAGGGAUUCGACCAGAGAGUAGUAGACAGCUACCCCGCGCAGCUCUAUCUCCGGACGCAUUUGAACAGCAUCCAUCGCAUGUUUUACUCUCCUGAUGAUUCCAGCAAGCCUGAGAAAUUGAAGAAUGUGAGACUAGUGGCAGAUGGCGUGUCUGGCAUGUCAUGGGUUCCGCCUAGCUUCCGUUUCAAUGAGAACGACCCCCCUGCCAAUGAUAUCCUUUCGGCGCGCCUGAGAGCCAAGUACUGGGGAGCGCAGAUGAUUACCUACCGUCCGUUUGUCCGUCAGAUCCUGCAGUGGUCCUACGAGUUGAAACGCCACCCCGAAAGCCCACAUGCUGGCGUCCUGUCAGAGUAUCGCGAUGGGGUCAUCGCCCCAUUCAUCCCUCCGAAUGUUAAGAAGGCAAACGACCUUGAUCGUGCCCUCAUUGAGUUGGCUCGAAAGGGUAUUUAUGCGCUUAUCGAAAGCACACGAUCAUUUCACGGACUCGGGGAGAAGCGGCCCAUUAUCACCAACGUUUUUGGCACGGCUCAUGCUCAAUGGGGCAAUCUCCUCGUCCUAGCUGCCGCCUACAAGGAUAAUGUCUUGCGCGAGUUUGUACCCAAAGACCUAUUGCGCGAGCUGUUUCACAAGACGAUUGCAUUCCUCCGACAGUCCGCGACGCACACGAGCUCUCUGAGGAUCGACAUGCACAUCUUGGAGGGUCUCCAGCGCGAUCUGUUUCCUUUGGAUGGAAGAAUGCCCUCGAGCUUUUCUAGCAAUACCGGCCACCAUACUCCCAAGCUUCCCAUGUCGGCACCGCCUCUUGGCGGCGAUGCUAGCAUCCAACCACCCUUGCCGCCACCACCGCACCAUUCGCCUCAUCAUCAGCAGUCGCCUCACCAACAGCCACUACAGCCACCUCGAGCACAACAGUCACCUCUGGCACAUAUGCCCCAUCUCGGAAUGUCUUAG